UUUGGGGAGGCAAUUUCCGCCUUAAUUAAGCCCCAUGGUUGACCCAACUGGGGCCUCGUCCAGUUCUGUCAUCUCAGUACCUUCGAAGUCUGUUCCCUGUCCAUGAGGACCAAAUCCCACAAUGGGGGCCUCGGGACUUCCUUUAGAAGUUUCAAUAGGCUAUGGCAGAGGGCCUCUUGGGUGCAGAUACCCACAUCCUGAACUAUGAGGAAGACCCUCUCCCUCUUCAUCCUUGCUCCUCCCUGCUGUUAUCAAGUUCUGCACACCUUCCCUAGUUUACAUUCUUCUGCCACCUCUCCCUAGCCCACAGUCCUGUCUGGAUAGUCAGGCUGCCCAAGGCCACCAAGUUCAGGACUUCCAGGAGUCUGCAGAGCCCUGGGUCAGUUCUUGCUGCACAGUUUCCCUCCCCAAAGCCAGAGCCUGGAGGCCAUCUCUCGAGCUGCCUUACAGCGUGUGGAAGGAGCGCUCUUCAUCUACAGCAGUCAGUGUUUACUGAUGCAGCCUCCGUGUGCACAGGCUGACCGCUGACCUCCUAGUGACCCUCAGAAGCUCACCGUCUAUAGGGGUCCAGGAACACCAACCAGAGGAUAAGGAUACAGCUGGAGAGCUCAGGUGGGGGAGACCGCAGCCGAGGGAUGGGCAGGUGACACAACGAAGGAGUGAGGGACGAGAAGGCAGUCAAGACCGGUUCAGGUGCUGUCCUCCAAAGAAUCCCUGGACCAAUUCUGGCUAUGGUUAGUGAUGGCUCCUUUCAGUCCCGACAAAGAUCCACCCCUUCAGCCUACAGAAAGGCCAACCGCUCAUUGCCCAGGCAGGAGCAAGAGCUGGAGCUUAAUUAUUUGGAUUUGGGGAUCUUGGGAGAGUACUCAAAUAUCCACCCAUCCUGGGAGAAUGUGGCAGUCAGUAAGAUCAAGAACAUGAUGGUCACAGAGCAGGGCCUGGCACUGGACACCAUCUGCCAUUUCCUAGAGGAGCACAGCCAGCACUGGGAAAAGCAGAAGAUGCCACCCAGGGAUUCCUCUAUGCCGAAGCUCCUAGAAUUCCUCAGCCUGGACCCCAAGCAAGCUGCUGAUAAGGCCUUGCUCUUCCAUCUCUAUGGGCUCAUCCUGUGUGAGUGCUCCAGCAUGGAGCAGGUUCAGUGCCACCUGGCCAGCCUCCUGGAGCUGUCCCACCAGCACUCCAGCUACCGAGAGGGAAUUGCACUGGCUGUGGGCCUGGCCUCCACCAAACACUUGCAGGAGGUAUGGGCUCUGCUGGAGCACCUGGGCCGCACCAAGUUCCUGCGUUCAGCUGCUGUGUCCCCGGACAGCCAGCCAUCAGACACCAACCUUCGAUGGAAAUGGGUCAGCAGCACCUCCCUGCUGUGCUAUGGGCAGAUAGCCAAACAUAUCAAGGAGCAGAUCCUGCCCUGGGUGGACAACAUCGCCUCGAGGAUGGUGUACUACUUCUCCUGUGGCCCUUGCGAUGAGAUCUUGAAGUCAAGCUUCCUGUCUGCGGCCAUCCUGCUCACGAGAUCACUCCGGGAAGAGUAUGGCUCCCAGAGGUACAAGUUCACUCAGAUUCCAGAGCUCAUCCUGUGCCUCCUGGACAUCCUCAAGGAGGAGCCCAACUUCCUGUGCACCUUCUUCAGGCAGAAGGUCAUCCUGGUUGUCGUGGGCCUGAGUAACCUACGACCCGGACUCAAACCCCUGCUCAAGUCCCAGAUCCUGCAGACUUGCCUGCACAGUGUGUACAGGCUUCCUGCUACGGAGUCCCUGAAGAGUGAUUCGUCUUCAUUGACACAAGCUCCAGAUGUCAACAGGCUUCCUGCUACUGAGCCCCUGAAAAGUGAUUUGUCUUCAUCGAAACAAGCUCCAGAUGUCAACAGGCUUCCCGCUACUGAGCCCAUGAAGAGUGAUUUGCCUUCAUCCAAACAAGUUCCAGAUGUCAUGGUGCUGUACAAGAAGACAAUGCGUGCCCUGGACCUGCUCCUCCAGAACUUCAUCUCUGAGAACCCGAGCAUGGAUGAGGUCUGCUUCCUCCUGCAGCACACAGAGCAGUGGUUGAAAUCUGACAAAAGCCAUGAGCGCAGCCGGGCUCUCCAGUCCAUUUUCCUGCUUCUGCAGUACGUGGUAGACUCUUUGAAGCUCGCUAAAGAGGCUGUGCCGUCCACGCUGGGCCACCAGCUAGCCCUCCUGACUCUGCUGUGGCGGGAUAAAGACAAGAUCACACAACAGCAUUCCCACCACUGUGUCUUCCUCCUCAUGCAGCUUGUGUUCCAGCAGAAAGGGAAUCUGGCGGAGUUCUCACAGUGGAACAAGAUGAAGCACUUUGAAACCAACGAGACUAGAGAGUGGGAGGUGAAGCUCUACCACGUGGUGAAGGCCUUCAAGAACUUGACAGUGGCGCAGCACACACAGCUGAUCCUUACCCUGGUGCACAGCCUGGGCGGCUCGAACUACCUCCGCUGCGACCUUGCUGCCCAGCUUCUACUGAUGAUCUGUGAGGAAGCCGGUUUAAAGAAGGGACAGGUGGCUGAGAUCUUGCAAGGCCUGUUCCAGGAACUGCCAAACAUCCACUCUCAAAGUAUUCAGGAGACCAUAAGUAAGGUCACCAUGACUCUGGGGACCCAGCAUAUUCAGGAGGUGGUGGAGGUGGUCUUGUCCCUGUGUCAACCCUCAGAUAGCAGGUGGAUCCUACUGCUGUGGAAGGCUCUGGCUACCAACUACCGCUUAGCUCGUGAUGUUAUAACCCUGCUCUAUGUAAAGUUGAAACUGCGGCCACCCAGGAGGCUCCUCCACUCCACAUAUCAGGCCCGUCUGGUCUCCCUGAUGGCACUGGGCACCAUUUAUGAGCUUCUCUACACCCCGGAGUACAGGGACACGAUCCGCUGGGCUUUCGCAGGGAUCCUUCUGGGCCUCCUCACAGAACUCUACUACCUGCUGGAGGUGGGCCUGGUGGAGGGUGUCUUUGACUACCAGGAAGACAAUCUAGCCUCUAAGCCCCUCGGGCCCUGCAGGACCUGCCUGGAAGCCCUCAAGGGCCUCUUUUGGACCAACAAGUACUGGGAAGUGUUUGCCGAUGUCAAGCUGAUCCAGGGCUGGGAGCUUUUUGGGCAGUUGGAAACCUUCCCAAAGGGAGUGACCCUUUUGGCCAGGGCCAUGGCUCACUAUAACUGCGAGGUCAAGGCUGUCUUGGGGCAGGCUCUCAUCUCCCUGAAGAGCACUGAGGAGCGUGACAACAUCGUGGCCAUCUGCAUCAUCACCGAGUUUCUCAACAGCCCAGAUGUCUGUCAGAACGUGUCUCGGAAGGUCAUGGACCACUCCCUGAACCUGGGCCUUUCCAGUCGCAACCAAACAGUGCGAGCUCUGAGCCUGAAGGGGCUAGGCAGCACUCUGAUGCAUCCUUACAAGGUAACUCUGCUAAGAAGUAAGUUGACGGAGCUUUUGGACAGCUUCCUGCAGCCUGAGUUCAAGGACAUUUUGGGCAUGAUGGAGAUCAUGGGCCACCUCCUAUACCUUCUGGGUGUCCAUGGCAUCGGAAUUGCCAGCUUCAAGAUUGCUCAGCACCUUCUCAGACUGUUCACAGAUGAAAGAGCAAAGGUACGAGAAUAUGCCAUCUUCCUGUUCGGAGAUGUCAUCCACUAUGGUGGCAAGAAGUUUCGACAGAGCCUCAAGAUCCUGGCUUUCCAGGCUGUAGUGCCCCUGCUCUUCCAUAUGGCUGACCCCUGCCCAGAAGUGGCUGUGAAGGCCAAGUACACCUUCCUGCGCUGCGCCAUCUUGUUAAAAUGGGAGUUCCAGAAGGAGCUGUUUGGCAAGCUGGCAUGGGGCCAAGGGCCGGGUGCUGAGAAUGACAUUUUUGUCUACAUGAUAGAAAGCAAUUUUGGCAGCUACCAGCAGUUUCUCAGACAGGCCUUGAUGUAUCUGGACAGCCCCCACAAAAACCUGAAGCUAGCAGCCAUGAAGUUCAUCGGGGCAUUACUUCAGGACUACUUCAAUGAACUCUGCUUCUACUUGACAAAGGACGAUGUGAUCAUCCUGAAACACUAUUUGGAGGCCCUCAGCCAUGACACAGACUCCAGGACCAGAAAGUUCUACCUGAACUAUUGGGAUGAUGUCAUAGAGCUGUCCCACCGACUUGACUUGGAAUCACCAUGGAAACACACAUCUGGGUGUGUCUAUGAGGAUGAAUCCAGAAAAGUUCAAUGGAGGAGGGAAGCCCCACCCUGAUCAGCGGUGGCACCGUCGUGUGGCCUGGAGUUCCAGACCGAGUAGAAAGGAGACUGCACACGGAGUGCCAGGAUUUGUCGCUCUGCUUGCUGGCUGUGGCUACAAUGUGAUUGGCUAGCUGCAUCACACUCCCGCCACCCUGCCUUUCCAGCCACGGUGAACUGUGUCCCUUGGACUGUGAGACACACUAAUCCCUUCCUUCCUCAAGCUACUUCUGUCAUGUUUCUGUCACGGCAAGGAGAGAAGUCACUAAUACAGGCGGGCUGCAGACCAUACGGACACGUCAGGACAAGCAGCAGCUCCACAGAGAAAUGGGUGAAGAGCACAGCGUGCAGUUCUCAGUCUGGGAUGGAAGACUCGGGGCCUAUGAAUACAGGCAAAGAAGCAGAAGUUUGGGAAGAACGAGGGGAGAUGUGCCUGGAGCAAGGUUCCAGAUCCUUCCAGGCUUCUUUGGCAAGGCAGACAGUCAGCUGAUGCCUGGUGUGGGCGAGGUGGUGGUACACUUCAGGGGACAGUUGGAGAACAGCUCUGCCUUCUGUGUGCUUCUGUCUGAGGCUCCAGUCUUGGGAAAUCUUAAGUGAGCACCGAAGAGACAGACCUCAGAGGCAGGAGCGGGGACUGAGAGGGCACAGGAUGCUCUUGCUUUUCUGUUUUCUCCUUGUUCCCUUGGUGCCUGACCUUGGAGAGGGCCAGGCGCACAGAUGCCUCAUAGAACCAAGAAUCUAAAGCCCCCAUUUGAAAAGCCAGUUUUGGGAUCCAAAAUUAAAUGCUCUGUAAAGAAUCUGAAAAACCUCAAUGGCUGCAGAAGAAAGAACACACAACGGACACAGGCAGGACGGGGUCCUGAGGGUGACUUUCCAAAGACUUUGAGCGACCACUGUUGCCAUGCUCUGAGAAGCAAUGCAGUGAGCGGACAGUGGCAACGUCACAACAGAGCAGCAGAAGAUGGGAGAAUCAGCAGCAAGAGGGACAGAGGACAAGAAUGAAGCAGGAAAACAAGACAGAAAACAAGAACCAAACAGAGAAACAAGACAGAAAGGGGGGGGGCUGGGAAUCAAACAGGAGAGAGAGAAAAGAAUCAAAUAGACAAAGCAGAGAGGAAACAGAAGGAUCAAAGAAACAGAACAGAAAUAAGCAAAGCUGAAGGCAGCAGAGUUGAUAGGAGACAAACGAAUGGACAGAGCCAACUGGAGCCCUGGAGGAGCCUUGUGCAUAGUCGCCUGAGCCUGGACAAAGCGGCAAAGGCAAAACAGUGUGGCUAGGAUGCUCUCAUCUCCCUUCUCACACGAAAAUGAUCAAACACCCACACGGUGUCUCAGGAUCAUCUGUAACUUUAGUUCUAGGGGAUCCAACACCCCCUUCUGAACUUUGCAAGCCCUGCACACACUCAGUACAUACACAUACGUGCAAACAAAGCAUCCAUACCAUAAACUAAUAGCAAAGUUUCAUUUUUUUAAUUUAAAAAUAAAGUUAUCAGAUUGGCUGUGUAGGGGUUGUGGCUAACACUUGCAAUUCUAGCAAUAGGGCAACUGAGCUGGGAGGCGUGCCUUGAGCCUAAGGCCAGCCUGGGCUACAUGCUGUGUUCCAGGCCAACCUAGACUAAAUAAUUAGAUGCUGUUUUAAAACCAAAACCACCAGAAUGGACAUUGGAGUGUACAAAACUGAAACCUCCUAGAAAACAGUAGGAAACACACACACACACACACACACACCAAAAGCAGAAUGACCUUGAAUUUAGCAAUGAGUCCUUAGGUCAGUACAUUCAGUACCCACUGCCCCAAAUGUUCAAGCUCUUCACAGAUGGUCUGCUCUACAAAAGACAAUUGCUUUUAGAAUGAAGAGGUUGGCCCUGGGCUCAUAAACAGUGGAGGAAACAGCAAGUCACGGCGGCAAUGGGCACCACGUGUGUAGUAAGAUGGCUGAAAACCACUAAAACACAAGGCAGAGCAUGACAUCUGCCAGUGCUGAUGAGGGCAGGCAGGUGAAAUGGCCACAGAGGAAGACAAGAUACAGCUUUGACCUUCUGGUCCUGACAUUGCAGUCCAAGGCAUUUACUGAAAGGAGCUGGAAACUAACAGCGACUUCACUCAUAGACUGGAUUAACUAUAGUGUGUUCAAACAAUGAGCCAUUGUUUGCUAAAACAAGCAGCAAGCUAAGCCAUGGCAGGAGCUUUACAUGCAGAUUCCUAAGUGAAAAAACACCAGCCUAGAGAUGGUGCAGUGGGUAAGAGCAAGGGGGAGUUGAGUUUAAAUCCUGAAGGUAUCAACAAAAUAAAUGAUGAUGAUGAUGAU